UCCUGUCCAAGAGGAUGCCACCCCCAUCCAGGUAGAUGCCACUUCCUAUCCAGGUAGACGCCACUUCCUGUCCAGGUAGACUCCACUUCCUGUCCAGGUAGACUCUACUUCCUGUCCAGGUAGACUCCACUUCCUGUCCAAGAGGAUGCCACCCCCAUCCAGGUAGACUCCACUUCCUGUCCAGGUAGACUCCACUUCCCGUCCAGGUAGACUCCACUUCCCAUCCAGGUAGACUCCACUUCCUGUCCAGGUAGACUCUACUUCCUGUCCAGGUAGACUCCACUUCCUGUCUAGGUAGACUCUACUUCCUGUCCAGGUAGACUCCACUUCCUGUCCAAGAGGAUGCCACCCCCAUCCAGGUAGAUGCCACUUCCUGUCCAGGUAGACGCCACUUCCUAUCCAGGUAGACUCCACUUCCCGUCCAGGUAGACUCCACUUCCUGUCCAGGUAGACUCUACUUCCUGUCCAGGUAGACUCCACUUCCUGUCCAGGUAGACUCUACUUCCUGUCCAGGUAGACUCCACUUCCUGUCCAAGAGGAUGCCACCCCCAUCCAGGUAGAUGCCACUUCCUGUCCAGGUAGACUCCACUUCCCGUCCAGGUAGACUCCACUUCCCAUCCAGGUAGACUCCACUUCCUGUCCAAGAGGAUGCCACCCCCAUCCAGGUAGAUGCCACUUCCCGUCCAGGUAGACUCCACUUCCCGUCCAGGUAGACUCCACUUCCCAUCCAGGUAGAUGCCACUUCCCGUCCAGGUAGACUCCACUUCCCGUCCAGGUAGACUCCACUUCCUGUCCAGGUAGACUCUACUUCCUGUCCAGGUAGACUCCACUUCCUGUCCAAGAGGAUGCCACCCCCAUCCAGGUAGAUGCCACUUCCUGUCCAGGUAGACUCCACUUCCCGUCCAGGUAGACUCCACUUCCCAUCCAGGUAGAUGCCACUUCCCGUCCAGGUAGACUCCACUUCCCGUCCAGGUAGACUCCACUUCCUGUCCAGGUAGACUCUACUUCCUGUCCAGGUAGACUCCACUUCCUGUCCAAGAGGAUGCCACCCCCAUCCAGGUAGAUGCCACUUCCUGUCCAGGUAGACGCCACUUCCUAUCCAGGUAGACUCCACUUCCCGUCCAGGUAGACUCCACUUCCUGUCCAGGUAGACUCCACUUCCCGUCCAGGUAGACUCCACUUCCCAUCCAGGUAGAUGCCACUUCCCGUCCAGGUAGACUCCACUUCCCGUCCAGGUAGACUCCACUUCCUGUCCAGGUAGACUCUACUUCCUGUCCAGGUAGACUCCACUUCCUGUCCAGGUAGACUCUACUUCCUGUCCAGGUAGACUCCACUUCCUGUCCAAGAGGAUGCCACCCCCAUCCAGGUAGAUGCCACUUCCUGUCCAGGUAGACGCCACUUCCCGUCCAGGAGGAUAACUUGAGUGUUGGCAAGGUACGCUGGCCUUGUCUUCCUCCACCCAGGCUGGCCGCUGUGCAUCCACGAGAAGGUGGUGGUGCAGCUGGCAUCCCUGCACGAGGCCAGGCUCCGGCCUGGAGACUUCUACCUGCAGGUUACAUCAGCCGAGAGGCAAUCAGCCAGGCUGGUCUUGAAAUGCCUCUCCCCGCUGGGGAACACAGAGGAAGUCACCGUCCCUGAGGCCAUGUAUGGCUGUGUCUUCACGGGAGAGUUUCUGCAGCAGGUGAAUGCAGGCCGGGGCUGUGUCCCUUUGCAAAACUGCCUUCUGACCUCGGGCUCUGCCGUUCACCGUACCCCGUGGAGCAGUGUCACAGACCCUGUCUUUCUACCCGCUGGAGCCAUCCCGCAGACCUGCCCCAGCCAUGUGGGGCCUGAGAAGUCCCUGCUGGGCAGCACCUCAGAGGUCCCAGGGCCAGCACGAGCCAUGGCUAGCAGCACGACUCUGCCUCACCACCAUGGGCAUCUGGGCUGUGAGCAGCCCGGGCACCCGCCCUACCUAAGAAGAGCUGACUUGGAUGGCCCCAGGAAAACUGCCGACAGAGGUGUGAUGAAGGGCAGGCAGGAGUCCCCUGAAAGCAAUAGGGGCCUGGACCCCACAGACCAGGACAGUCCUCACCCCACCUGCCCUGGAGACCUGAGCAGCCCGCAGGCCAGGAGGAAGCUGGUGGGGGAUCGUGCGAGAGCAGAGGCCAGACGGUGGUUCAGGAAAUCGUACAUGGAGGCCCUGAGGAACCCUAUGCCCCUUGGCCCCAGCUCCGAGGAGUCCCUGACUGGCAAUAAGGACCUUAAAGCUGGGAUGAUGACCAGCCCAACACAGAGAGAAUCUCCUGACCCCACAGGGAGCCCUCAACAGACCCUGAGCAAAGAGAAAACAGUUGCCCUGAGGUGGACCUGCUCAGGAGCCUCAGGGAGGACCCGUCCCAGGAGGUCUCAGUCCUGGGACAGGUCACUCAGAAGCUCCCAGAGGACAGAACCUGCAGCCCACAGGACCUCCCACCAUGCAGUGAGCAGGGGCUCUGGGGGUCUCUCAGGAGGACACGCUGUGGGAACCAGAAACGCCUGCUCUGUCAGCCCAUCUCAUGUUGCAGCUGCAGCUCCCACCUGCACCCAGGAGGAAGCUGUUCUUCCUACCCCAGCCUUCGUCCGAGAACGGGAGCCCAGCAGGUGUCCAGAUGUGACUGCUGAGCUGCUAUGCUCUGAGGGUGAAGGGCGGCCACCCAGCACUGUGGACCUCCCCAGCCAGGGACCCCAGCAAGUGCUGGACACCAGCCAGGAGCUGCUGCAGUCCGGGGUCAUCACCCUCCCAGGGACCCGUGACCGCCACGGCAGGGCAGUGGUGCAGGUCUGCACGAGGGGCCCGCUCUGGUCCAGCAAACACUCGUCCCAUGCCGAGCUGAGCUGCCUGCUGAUGUACCUCUGUGGCAUCCCCAGGAAGGAGGUGCGGGACCUAGGGCUGCUCGUCCUGGUGGACGCCCGCAGAAGUCCAGUCUCCCCUGCUCUCUCCUGGGCCCUCUCUGGACUGCAGAACACAUCUCCUCCCGUAAUUCAUAGUGUUUUGCUGCUGGUGGAUAAAGAAUCCGCAUUUAGCCCUGACAGGGGUACGACAAUCCAGUGUGAGGUGGUGAGCUCCCUGAAGGCCCUUCACAAGCUUGUGGACAGCUCCCAGCUGACCGCAGACCUGGAUGGCUCGUUCCCCUACAGCCACAGAGACUGGAUCUGCUUCCGCAUGAAGCUGGAGGCCUUCACUGCAGACUGCAAGGAGGCCAUCGUCUUCCUGCAGAAUUCACUACGUUCCCUGGACACCCACAGAGUCCAAAGGACAUCCCAGGAAGUCACUGAGGCGAUCACGCGGCACGAGAAGAUGAUGAAGCUCGUCCUGGAAGAUGCGCUGCUCGUGUGGCUCCGGCUGGAGGGCAGCGUGGUUCUGGCGCGGCUGAGGAGAGAAGGGCUUGGUGCAGGCCAGGACUGCCAAGAUGCUGUUGAGGCCGCCUCCAGGCUGUACAACCAAGUGGACGAGGAAGUGCACAGGUUGGUCCUCGCCUCCAACAGGGGUCUGCAGCGGCUGGAGAACCUCCGGGAGCUGAGGACACUCGAGGAGGGGCACGACCAGGUGGAACGGUGGUUUGAAGAAGAACUUGGGAAAUUCCUCGGCCCUCGGGAGCCGCUCUCCUGUGAGGAUGUGGGGCAGCGACAGCAGGAGCUGCGGGCCUUGCUGGCCUCGGUGACGCGAUAUUGUCAGAAAGGGCUGCAGCUGGUGAAGGAAAGCUCGCAAAACUCACAGGAAACAACCCAGGGCUUCCAAAGGCGCCUGAGUGCCAUGGUCGGCCGGGCCGAGUGUCUGCAGGGAGAGCUGGCCUGCUGGACCCACCUGUCCACGCUCUACGAGACGGUGGACAGGUGGCUGCUGCGCUGUACCAAGUACCCAGAACAUGUGGUCCCAGAGCUGCGUCCCUCCUCACCGAUCGCUGAGUACCUGAAGAGCUGCCACCAGGAGGCCACCAAGGUGACGGCAGAGGCCUUUCCCAGGGCCAGUGGGACCGUGCUGGGCCUGGGUGGCCAGCAGGCACUGCAGCGGUGGCGUGACCUGUGGCUGCGGUACCAGCAGACGCAGCUCCGCUUGGAAGAAGCCCUUGCUGGAGCCAGCCUGGGCCCUGGCAUGCUGACCGUUGACCAAAGCCCGCCGGAGCUCAAGCUUGCCCAAGAGGCCACAUGGAAGCACCGUGAACCCCCGACAGGUUCCCCUGCCAAGGUUGACGGCAGAGCUGGGGAAUGGGCCCGAGGGCCAUGCAGCCUCACUGGACAAGCCAUUCUGUGUGGAUGGGAGGGUCAAGGUCUGUGUGGUCCAUGGGCUGUGCCACCCUCCCUGGGGGUAGCUGUGGGGCCAGGGGCCAGCAUGACUGACACGGACAGCAGCUCCACCUGCUCCUCAUACUCCACUUCAACACCAGCCGGCCGCCCCAGGAAACACCCCCUGAAGAAAAUGAUGAAGAUUCCAGGUUUUGAGAUGCCUCAGCUGGACAGUGGUCCCCGGGAUGCCUGCCAAUUGGGCCACACUGGGGUCUUCAUCAGAGGCCUGGAGGUGACGGGCACUGUGCCAAGGCUGCCUGCGGGGUGCCCCCCAGUCCCUCGGAGCCGCAGUCUGUCCUCUCCUUCCAGGACGCAACCCCCUGAGGAGGUGGGGGCGCAGCACACAGGAAGCCGCCUGCAGCACAUAGUGGCCGAGAUGAUCUCCACGGAGCAGGAGUAUGUCCGGUCCUUAGGAUACGUCAUCGACAACUACUUUCCAGAGAUGGACAGGAUGGACCUGCCCCAGGGCCUGCGAGGGAAGCGCAGCGUCAUCUUCGGGAACGUGGAGAAGCUCCGUGACUUCCACCAGCAGUGCUUCCUGCAGGAGCUGGAGCGCUGCCGGCACUGCCCCUUGGCCGUGGGCCGUGGCUUCCUGAGACACGAGGAAGAGUUCCACAUGUAUGCACUCUACAGCAAGAACAAGCCCCAGUCGGAUGCCCUGCUCAGCAGCCAUGGCAAUGCCUUCUUCAAGGACAAGCAGCAGGAGCUGGGCGACAAGAUGGACCUGGCCUCCUACCUGCUGAAGCCUGUGCAGCGCAUGGGCAAGUACGUGUUGCUGCUCCAGGACCUGGUCAAGGAGGCCAGCCGCUGCCCAGGCCGCGAGCAGGAGCUGGGUGAGCUGCAGGCAGCCGGAGAGGUGGUCCGCUUCCAGCUGCGCCACGGCAACGACCUGCUAGCCAUGGACGCUGUCCGUGGCUGCGAUGUGGACUUGAAGGAGCAGGGGCAGCUCCGAUGCCAGGACGAGUUUCUCGUCUGCUGUGGGAGGAGGAAGUACCUGAGGCGCGUGUUUCUCUUUGAAGACCUCAUCCUGUUCAGCAAGACCAAAAAGGUGGACAGAGGCCACGACCUCUACCUGUACAAGCAGUCCUUCAAGACAGCUGAGAUCGGCCUGACCGAGAACGUGGGAGACAGCGGCUUGAGGUUUGAGAUCUGGUUUCGCAGGCGUCGGAAACCUCAGGAUACCUACGUUCUCCAGGCGAGCUCAGUGGAAGUCAAGAGGGCCUGGACUGAGGUGAUCGGGAAGAUCCUGUGGCGGCAGGCACUGCGGAACAGAGAACUCAGGAUGCGGGAAGUGGCGUCGAUGGGCAUGGGCAGCAAGCCCUUCCUGGACAUCCAGCCCAGUGAAGCAGCCAUCAGCGACCGGGCCAUCGACCACAUCAUGAAGGGAACAGGUGAAGGCCUGUGUGUCAGGGUGGGUGGACGAGUGCGGGCGAUGGGCCCGCUCUGCAGAAGCCAGACCUCCCAGGUCCCUUCCAGCACCGGUCCCUGUCGCUCCCUUCCAGCGCCGCAAACCCAAGCGUCCAUCGCAGUGUCCUCCGUCGACCAUGCCACCCGCGUCAAGAGACCCCACUCUACCAUCUCAGAGAGCAGCAGCUCCUCCGGCAGCCAGGCUUCCUCCUUCCUGGGGCCACCGAACCUGCGCUGUCCACCAGCCCUGCCCUCGGGCCCUGGCCGUCUGACACCAGAACCUGCAUCGAGGAAGACGAGCUAGAGCAGGAGGCAGGCAGCCAGGCCCCCGUGUGUGAGUGCGGUCAGCCCCCUGGGCAGUGCAGCCCCUGACCGUGAGUUUGGGUGGUGGGUGCUGACUGGCGUGGGCCCCAGAAGGGAGCUCAGUGUUCACCUAAGUCAGCACAGUCAUCCCCAGGGCGUGGGCCCACAGUCCCCCGGGUGCUAACGUCUUCAGAUGCCGAGGCCCCUUCUGUAAUAAAGCGGUGCGGUUUGCGCACGACGAGCACCCGUGCUCCCUGCAUGUGGCAUCGUCUCUGGGUCACUAACGCGAUCACUAGCACUAACAAUGUAAGUGCUACACAGAUGGUCAUUAGACUGUGUCAUUUAGGGGAAAUGGUUAGGCCUUGAGUGCAGUACGGACAGGAUUUCUCUUUUCAAAUGUUUCUGGUCGGUGAUGGGCUGCAUCCAGUGCAGAACUGGAGGCCAACUAUAAAUGGAAAGAUUGUCAGACAAAUUUGAAUUUCCUUUUAUUUAAAGACAAACCAGGGCUGGUGUUGCGGCAUAGCCAGUAAAGCCACCGCCUGUAACAGUGGCAUUCCAUGAGGGUUCUGAUUCAAGUCCUGCUGCUGCACUACUGAUCCAGCUCCCUAAUGACCCAGGAAAAACAGCAGAGGAUGGCCCAAGUGCUGGGGACUCUGCCACCCACAUGGGAGUCCAAGAUUAAAUUCCAGAUUCCUGGCUUUGGCCUGACCCAGCCCCAGCCAUUGUGGCCAUCUGGGUAGUGAAGCAGAGGAUGGAAGAUCUGUAACUCUGACUUUAAAAUAAAUCUUUAAAAAAAAAAAAAAACUUUCACCUUCACCCAAGGCAAGGUAAUAGGGAAGAAACACAAACAAGCAAAAAGCAAACCAACAAUGGUAAGCGUGAAAGAUCUCAGCUCUCAGGACACCCAGUGACAAAAACUGUGUCCCUCAGAGCAGAGAGAAGAGACAGGAGCCGGCCACUACCCAGGCCUCUCCCCAAGGGUUGCAAGUCCAGAGCUGGGAGAGGCAGCCAGCGAGGUCGGCAGCCACUGCAGUGUUGGGGAGACCAAGGCAGCAGGGCCAAGAACCUGCACAGUGUGCCCACCAGGUGCUGACCAUCAGGUUCUUCCAAGGAGGCCCCUCUGAGACUAGAGACCAGGUCCUGGUAAACAGUGGGUGUGGCUGCACCUGUCCCCACAGCCUGGUGGAAAACCCACAGUUCACAGGGCAUUGGGUAGAGAGCUCAGGAGUGGAGAAUGGCCCAGGGCUGGCCCCUGCUCCACUCACCUACACACUGUUCCCCAGUGACGUGGCAGCAGCUCAGAACAAGGCCUGAAGAGCCCAGCAGUGCUGUUGAGACAGCAUCUCAGCGAAUGUGCCGGCCACAGCGACACGGAUGUGCACAGAAGAAACCGCACUGUUUUCCAGAUAGGAAACCAUAAGCCUAAACAGCAGACACACGGGAGGCCUCCACAGUCAGCUACACAAACCAGUGAUGAACAGAGCAUCUUAAGAGUACCCCGAGAGAAGUAUGCGAUGUUGAGAGCGGCAGAGCUGACGACGGCAGCACACAGCUCCACGGCCAUGGCUCCAGAAGAGAAGCUGUGGCCUGGCAAAACCUUUCAUUCUUGGCUAGCGCCGCGGCUCACCAGGCUAAUCCUCCGCCUGCGACGCCAGCACCCCGGGUUCUAGUCCCGGUUGGGGCGCUGGAUUCUGUCCCGGUUGCUCCUCUUCCAGUCCAGCUCUCUGCUGUGGCCCAGAAAGGCAGUGGAGGAUGGCCCAGGUCCUUGGGCCCUGCACCCGCGUGGGAGACCAGGAGAAGCACCUGGCUCCUGGCUUCAGAUUGGCGCGCCGCGCCAGCCAUAGCAACCACUUGGGGGGUGAACCAACUGAAAAAGAAAGACUUCUCUCUCUCUCUCUCUCUCUCUCUCUCUCUCUCUCUGUCUAACU